AGUCCACAGCCGCGGCUCGUCCGGACGCGCGCCCCGCCCUCCCCAGCUGUGCACCCUUAAGCCCAGCUGUGCGCGCACGUCGGGAGUCCCAGCCAUGUCCGCCGAGAGAGAGGCAGCCGAGGUGGCCACCGUGGUGGCGGCGGCCGAGGCAGGGCCGGCAGAAGACGUCUCUUCGCAGCCCCCGAGCGCCGAAGCCAUGGGCGACGCCCAGCCACCCGCGGCCUCCGAGGGGGCCGCCGCCGCCGCGCCGCCGCCGCUGCGCUGCCUGGUGCUCACCGGCUUCGGCGGCUACGACAAGCUGAAGCUGCAGAGCAGGCCGGGCCGCUCCCCCCGGUAA